CACUGGCACAAUGGCAACAAGAUCCGGCAAGGAAGUGCAGGGGAAGUGAGCUACUCUCCAGACUCCAACAUGUGUGACGAUGAAGAGACCACUGCCUUGGUGUGCGACAAUGGCUCAGGGCUGGUGAAAGCUGGCUUUGCCGGAGAUGAUGCCCCUCGAGCUGUGUUUCCCUCCAUUGUUGGACGUCCCCGUCACCAGGGUGUCAUGGUUGGUAUGGGUCAAAAAGAUUCCUACGUUGGGGAUGAGGCUCAGAGCAAGAGAGGUAUUCUGACCCUUAAAUACCCUAUUGAACAUGGUAUCAUCACCAACUGGGAUGACAUGGAGAAGAUCUGGCACCACACCUUCUACAAUGAACUGCGUGUAGCCCCAGAGGAACACCCCACCCUGCUUACUGAGGCUCCCCUGAACCCAAAAGCCAACCGUGAGAAGAUGACACAGAUCAUGUUUGAGACCUUCAAUGUCCCUGCAAUGUAUGUUGCCAUCCAGGCUGUGUUGUCUUUGUACGCCUCUGGUCGUACCACAGGUAUUGUGCUUGACUCUGGAGAUGGUGUCACCCACAACGUGCCAAUCUAUGAAGGUUAUGCCCUACCCCAUGCCAUCCAGCGUCUGGACUUGGCUGGUCGUGACCUGACUGACUACCUGAUGAAGAUCUUGACUGAGAGAGGCUACUCUUUUGUCACAACUGCUGAGCGUGAAAUUGUUCGUGAUAUCAAGGAAAAGCUGGCAUACGUUGCUCUGGACUUUGAGAAUGAGAUGGCAACAGCUGCUUCUUCUUCCUCUCUGGAGAAGAGCUAUGAACUUCCAGACGGACAGGUUAUCACUAUUGGAAAUGAAAGGUUCCGUUGCCCAGAAACCCUCUUCCAACCAUCCUUCAUUGGCAUGGAAUCUGCAGGUAUCCAUGAGACCACAUAUAACUCCAUCAUGAAGUGCGACAUUGACAUCCGCAAGGACCUUUAUGCCAACAAUGUGCUCUCUGGUGGUACCACCAUGUACCCUGGUAUUGCUGACCGUAUGCAGAAGGAAAUCACUGCCUUGGCACCCAGCACCAUGAAGAUCAAGAUCAUUGCCCCACCUGAGCGUAAAUACUCUGUAUGGAUUGGAGGCUCCAUUCUGGCUUCUCUUUCUACCUUCCAACAGAUGUGGAUCAGCAAGCAGGAAUACGAUGAGGCUGGUCCUUCUAUUGUGCACAGAAAGUGCUUCUAAACUGACUACAUUAACAGUUACUGAGAUUAUCUCCUAUUCCUACAAAAAAUAAACUCACCUUUUGAAUAAAGUUUUGUGUCUUAGUCUAACAUUUUUCUCAAUGUGUGGGCUAAAGAAAGAAUUCUGGGUUUUUUAUUACAAAACACAAUUCAGUAACAUACUGUAUGACAUCUAAUUAGU